AUGCUCCUAGAAGCUGGAGGAAGAGAUCUGGCUCAGAAAAUGAAGGAAGCCUGGGAGUCGGAAGAUGGAUAUAUAUACCAACUCCGGCCGAAAAGAACGACAGGUGAUUUUCAAUGCCGAGUGCAAAAGCAGGAGAUCGGCAACAAAAGACCUGAGGACGGAGAAGGGAAGGUACUCAUGCUCGUUGGAGCCACUGGAGCAGGAAAGAGUACCCUCGUCAAUGGGAUCGUGAAUUACGCAUACAGAGUUCAGUAUGGCGACGAUUUCCGUCUAAAAUUGAUCAACGAAGUAGAAAAUGAAGGGACAAAGGCUGACAGUCAAACCGAGUGGAUUACAGCUUACCAAAUAGUCAAACAGCAAGGAAUUGCUUUUCCCUACACGUUGACUGUUAUUGAUACGCCAGGGUUUGGAGGUACUCAGGGAAUUAAAAAGGAUCAUGAGUUGAAGGAUCAGAUCCAGGAAUUCUUCUCACACGGCGGACACUUUGGUGUGGACCAACUUCACGGGAUCGGUCUUGUGGUCCCAGCUUCCGAAGAGAGACUCACACCCUCACUAAAAUAUGUACUUGACAGCAUAAUGUCUGUGUUUGGAAAUGAUGUGAAGAACAACAUCUUCCUGCUAGUCACAUUUGCUGGCAUGGAGAAGCCACUAGUACGGACCGCCGUCAGGGCAGCAAAUAUUCCUUUCAGAAAAAUGUUCCAGUUUAAUAACUCUGCUCUAUUCAGUCAAGAUAAAGACAACCCAUUUAAUCAAGCAUUUUGGGACAUGGGUACCCAAAACUUUCAAGAGUUCUUCUUGGAGUUCCAACAUACGUCACCCGUGAGCCUGACACUGACAAAGGAAGUUUUGCAAAGGCGACGCCUCGUAGAGGAAACACUACAGGACACCAAGUCAAAACUGGAUGCAGGCGUUUCUUAUUCAGCCCUGGAUCGAUUGGAACUUCUAAGGGAAGCUCAUGCAGCUGUGAGGCAGCACGGAGGAAAGCUGUUUCUACGAUAUGCAAAGUUUUUGCCGGGACUGAACCAUGCAGAUCUCACGAGUUCUUCCCAUGAUGAACAUGUUCUGAAGAAGCUGACUAAAGAUUUCAACCAGGAGAGAGAAACUAUUUUUCAGUUAACGGAAAAAGCGCAUGAAUGCAAGCGGAGACUUAAUGACAUCGCCAUGAAGCCUGAUCAUUUCGAAAUCGCGGAAUACAUCAAUAUGCUGAUCGAUGCUGAAGAGUUUGAUAACCGACCUGGCAGUACGCAGAGGAUCAAAUAUCUUAAAGAGGCAAGAGAAAAAGCAGAAUUUGCCAAGCAGGCGAAGCCCGUUUGA